UAAAGACUUUUAUUGACUUUGUCACCUUGAGAAACCGCCUUUGGAAUCUCUGACUCUCAGCCAAUCGUACCAGUCUCUAUUAUCUUUGUAACUUUUUCUGAUUUGUUCAUUUUUAUGGUUUUUGACUUUUUUCUCGAUCAAAAAAUGUGGGCUAAGUAAAAAACAUUAUAAAGACUAUCACUGUCUUUCAUUAUUAUCAGCUCCUAUCUAGGGUUAUAUAUAUUUUAGCCCACCUCGGACUCAUUAGGUUUUUCAAUUUUUUGUUCAAAGCUAGGAUCUUUCUUCGACUCUCAUCCUGUUUUUUCAACCCCUAUAACCUUAAUUGCAUCGAAUUAUUUGAUUAGGCUCAUGAUUUGAAUCAUGGGUAUAGUUCGUUUGGUUUAAGGUUGUCUUGGUAACCGGGUUUUUGAUUGAUUUCUUGGUUUAGACGUCUAGUUGUGGAAAAUGGUAUUUGGGUAUUCCUUAGUGGAUUGAUUGUGGUGAUUUGUAUCUGUUCAGAACUGAAAUUUGCCAUCCGGGUAUUUGCUAAUUGACAUCAAAAAGGAAAAUUGGGCUCAAAAUUUCAUCUGGGUCAAGUUCAAAAAUCAUAAAUUGGGAACCUUUUGACUAGAUUUAGCAUCUCUAAAGUGGUGAUUUGUUAACAAUUUCGAUAUGGUAAUGGACGACGGAGAGCUUGAUUUCUCGAACAAUCAAGAUGUGUUGGACAUGGGGGAGCUUCCAAGCAGUUGCUCGAUGGAUAGUUUCUUCGAUGAUUUACUUAAGGAAACUCAUGCUUGCACUCACACUCACACUUGCAAUCCACCAGGACCUGAUUUUUCUCAGCAUACGCAUACUUGUUUUCAUGUGCACACUAAAAUUUUGCCUUCUCAAAGUGAGGAAAAGGUUGCUUCAGAUGAUACCGCAGAGUCCACUGAAAAGAAAGGGAAGAAACGUCCGUUAGGAAACCGGGAAGCAGUUCGCAAGUACCGUGAGAAGAAGAAGGCCCGAACUGCGUCGCUGGAGGAUGAAGUUGUAAGAUUGAGAGCAUUGAAUCAGCAAUUGAUGAAGAAGUUGCAGGGUCAAUCUGCAUUGGAAGCAGAGAUUGCAAGGCUGAAGUGUUUGCUUGUGGACAUUCGGGGAAGGAUUGAAGGCGAGAUUGGAUCAUUUCCUUAUCAAAAACCAGUCAAUCCAAACUUGCCUAGUUCAAACAUGCCCAACGCAUAUGUGAUGAACCCCUGUAACGUGCAAUGUGAUGAACAAGUCUAUUGUCUUCAUCCAGGUGUGGAUGGCAAUAGUGGAGAAGGUGUUUCAUUCAACGGGCAAGGCUAUAGUGGUUGUGAAUUUGAGAAUCUUCAGUGUUUAGUGAAUCAGAAUCCGGUAUCCAAGGAGCUUCCUGAUUCUGGUGUUGGAAAUGUGGCAUCCGAUGUCAAUUCCUCUGGUACAAAUAAGAGGAAAGGAGGGGCUCGCAAAGCAACAGCAAAUUGAAGGGCUGAUUAGUUGGCAAUGUCUUUAUGCUCAGGGGUACAUAUAGUGUUCCAAUAAGUAUUUUUGUUGAACUGCAGCAGCAACUCUCCUCAGAAAUUAGGGAGAUGGGAUGCCUUUCAUCUUUCAAUACUAUGAGCUGUGAACAGAAUGCCAGAUUUCCAUCGAAGAAAGCAUUGUCUUCUAACUGAAGUUUUGAAAAGGUGUUAAUGUCGUCCAUGAGUUGUGACAAACUAUUGGGUAAAUUGCUCAGUGUGCUGUCUUUAAUUGAUGCAACUGGCCACUGCAACUACCAACCAAUGGGACUCUCUUUCACAUCAUUAGGGUGAGAAAUGAAGAUGGCAAGGACGAUAUAUACGGGCUCAUCGCCUUUUGAUGGUCAUCUCCUUAAAUGAAGAGCCCGUUUGGUAAUGUUGUUUUGGUAACAUUGUUUAAGUGUUGUGAGAAUACGUGUAGGUGAAAAAGUAUUGUAGAAAUACGUGUUGUUUAAACAACACAACCAAACAAGCCCGAAAUAUCUUUUAGGUUGCAAACUUUUUGAACAGAUCCUGAAUUCAUUUGGCAAAUUUCAGCUUGGUUUUUCUAUAGUCA